AUGCAUUAUGUUCCCCAUCAACUAGGAGGUAGUCAAGAGAAGAAGCCUAGCUUGGAAGAGUUGAUGACGAAGUUCAUUGCAACUUUAGAGAACAGAUUUCAACAAGCGGACACUGCCAUUCGGAAACAACAAGCUUCAAUUCAAAACUUGGAAAAUCAAAUUGGGCAGUUGUCUAGGAUGAUGGCUGAGAGGCAGCCAGGCACGCUUCCAAGUAACACACAGUCUAAUCCAAGAGAGCAUGCCAAAGUGGAUGAGUCGAAAAAGGAAGACAAGCCUGAGGAGAAAGGAAAGGAAGCAGUUGAAGAGAAUGAGGAUUCGAAGAAGAUCCCCUUGAGGCCAUACCAACCUCCUAUUCCAUAUCCUGCAAAACUUCAACAGGAUAAAGUUGAUCAGCAAUUCGAAUGCUCAGCAGUGUUUCAGAGCAAGAUUCCAAUCAAACGACGUGACCUAGGGAGUUUUACUAUACCUUGUUUGAUUGAGGAUAAAUUGAAAUUGUUGGCAUUAGCUGAUUUGGGAGCUAGCAUCAAUUUGAUGCCUAGCUCAUUGUUUGAGGAGUUAGUACUAAGCACUUCUAAGCUAACUCCUACUAGGAUGAGUAUACAACUAGCAGAUAGAACUAUUAAGUACCCGAAAGGGAUUAUAGAGGAUGUGCUAGUUAAAGUUGACAAAUUUAUAUUUCCUGUGGAUUUUGUUAUCAUGGACAUGGAUGGUGAAAGUGAUGUUCCAUUGAUCCUAGGUAGACUAUUUUUAGCUACAUCUAGAGCUUUGAUAGAUGUUAGUAGCGGAAAGCUGGAACUUAGGGUAGAUGAUGAGAGCAUUACGUUUGAUUUAACUAAAUCCCUGAGACACCCAUAUGAGCACGAUGGUACUGUGUGUUUGAUUGAUGUUAUUGAUGAUAUUGUGGAGUCUUAA